GGCAGUGAACAUGGCGUCUCACUUCAGCGGUGUGCUGCAGCUGACAGAUCUCGACGAUUUUAUCACCCCCUCUCAGGAAUGUGUCAAACCUGUUAAAGUAGAGAAGAAACAAGGCAAAUCCGUGGCCAAAAUUCAAAUAGAAGAUGACGGCAGUUACUUCCAAGUCAAUCAGGAUGGUGGGAAGCAGAAGCUGGAGAAAGCAAAGAUCACACUUAAUGACUGUUUAGCGUGCAGCGGCUGUAUCACCUCAGCUGAGAGCGUCCUCAUCACUCAGCAGAGCCAUGAGGAGCUCCUUAAAGUGCUGCAUAACAACAAGUCCAGCCCGACAGAGCAGAAGGUGGUGGUGGUGUCGGUGUCACCGCAGUCCAGAGCCUCCCUCGCAGCACGCUUUGACCUCAGCAGCAGUGAGGCAGGCAGGAGGCUUACUUCUUUCUUCAAAGGCCUUGGGGUUCAUCAUGUUUUUGAAACAAGCUUUAGUCGUACCUUCAGCCUGCUGGAGAGCCAGAGAGAGUUUGUGGAGCGUUUCCAGAGGAAGGAGCAGGACAGCAAGAGUCUGCCCAUGCUGACAUCAGCCUGUCCAGGUUGGAUUUGCUAUGCAGAGAAGACUCACGGGGAGUUUAUUCUUCCUUACAUUAGUACCACUCGCUCCCCCCAGCAGAUGAUGGGUUCCCUGGUUAAAGGCUAUUUUGCUGAACAACAGGGGCUAAGUCCACAGCAGAUCUACCAUGUGGCAGUAAUGCCAUGCUUUGACAAGAAACUUGAGGCCUCGAGGUCAGACUUCUACCUGAACGAAGCGGAGACUCGAGAAGUAGACUGUGUCAUCACAUCUGGAGAGGUUCAGAAAAUGCUGGAGGAGAAAAAUGUGUCUCUUAAUGAUGUGGAACCUGCACCCCUAGAUACAAUGUUCAGCAGUGUGAGUGGGGAUGAGUUCCUGAGCCAUUCUGGGAGCGGGUCAGGGGGUUACCUCCAUCAUGUCUUCACAUAUGCAGCCAAGCAGCUGUUUGGGGAGGAGGUGAAGGAGCUUACCUACAAGACCCUCCGGAAUAAAGACUUCCAGGAAGUGACUCUAGAGAGGGACGGAGUUGUCCUGUUGUCCUUUGCUUCCACAUACGGCUUCCGUAACAUCCAGAACCUGGUGCAGAAACUCAAGAGGGGGAAGUCGCCUUACCACUUUGUGGAAGUCAUGGCCUGUCCAUCAGGCUGUCUAAACGGUGGUGGACAGGUGAAGCCUUUACCUGGUCAGAUCCCCAAAGAGCUUCUCCAGAAGGUUGAGGAGCUGUACAAGGCAGAGCGCCCCCUGUCGCCAGAAGAUGACACCCGUGUGGCCGAGCUGUACCAGUCCUGGCUCCACAGUGUCGGGGAGGAGAGAGCCAAAGAGCUGCUACACACACGCUACCACGCUAUAGAGAAGAUGACAAACGGACUCACUAUGAAGUGGUGAAGAAAGAUUUUUUCUACAAUCCAUGAUUUUUACAGAACCGUCCUAAUAUACGAGACUAUGUGUGUCUGUGGGUUAUGGGCAAAGUCGAAUAUAAGCUGGUUUGAGGAAGCCUAUAACCUUUUAAACCACUUUUCUCCAUUUCUAAAAGUUGUGUGCCUGACCAGAAGACGUAGAUAAUUGACACAAUGCUCAACCUGAACCAAAUGAUGUAUAUGAUCUUAUUAUUUGCCCUCAUACUGCUGAUUGUCCCUUAAGAUGUAUAAAUAGUUAACCAUUUGUGUGGCACCUGUUACACUUUGAAAUGUUAGCUGAAAUAACACAGCAAAAUAAAAUGAUUCCUUCUAUAUUUAACCUUAUGUAUAUUGAAAAAAUAAAG